AGUGCAUGCUCUGAAUCCUGCUUCACCUUACGAGAGAGACAGAGAGAGAGAGAGAGAGAGAGAGAGAGAGAGAGAGAGAGAGAGAGAGAGAGGGAUAAAGAGAGAGAGAGAGAGGGAGAGAGAGUUUCCUGUGGAGAGCAGCGGUGGCCAGCCUAUAAAAGGGCUACCAAUAAAACCAAUAAAUGCUUAAAGAGGAGACCAGAGUCACUGGCAUCACCAGUGGGAACAAGAUUCUGUUUGCUCGCUCCGAAUCACACAGACCAGGUCAGCAUGCCUCUGUCAGGGCGUCCCAACACAGUCCGGCUGGUGUUCCUAGGGGCAGCUAAGGUCGGUAAGAGCGCGCUCAUAUGUCGUUAUCUCCACGACCGCUUCGAGCACAAGUACACGCGCACAGUGGAGGAGCUUUACGUGCUGGAGUACGACACUGCGGGGUCCGGGAAGAUGCGCUUGGAGAUCUUGGACACGAGCGGGAGCUACUCCUUCCCGGCCAUGCGGGAGCUCUGCAUCCGUCACAGUGACGCAUUCGCCCUGGUGUACGCGGUGGACGAUCCCGGGUCCCUUGAGGAGGUGCGACGGCUCCGCGACGAGAUUCUGGAGCUGCGGGGCGACAAGGGCGCGCCCAUCACCGUGGUUGGCAACAAGGCAGAUCUGACCGAGACCGAGGGUCGCGUGCUGCUGGCAGCUGAUGUCAUGGCCACAGUGGAAGGCGAGUGGGACGCCAACUUCGUGGAGGCGUCCGCGCGCACCGGUGGAAACACGCUCGGAGUGUUUCGCGCACUGCUACAACAGGUGAACCUGCCGCACCGACUGAGCCCUACGGUGUGCAAGCGCAGGGACACGUUGCCCAGACCAGCAGUAAAGAAAAGACCACCACUGCAGAAGAACAACAGCUGUGUCCUGUCAUAGGAACAUUUUAUUUCUGUUUGAUGAUGGAUUCUGCAGCUGGACUGCAUGUGUUCAGGUGUUGCUGGUCAUCACAGUAGCCUACUCUAGGCCUACCUGGUUUGUCCAAAAGUGGAAAGUUGGAAGGAAGUACGUUUUCAAAAGUAGCCUAAACGUGUAUCUUAUGCAAAAGAAUCACUAUCAGUAUAGAUAUAGGCUAAUUUGGGAUUACUAUUAGCCUAUGGAUAGGCCACAUUAGCAUUUAGGUUGUAGCUGGCUCAAAUAAAGCCAAUUUCAACUUCUUAAUAAAAAUUGCAUCAUAUAUUACUGAUUAUAUGUAGCCUAAUAUCUUAAAAUCUUCAAAGUAUAACAAGGCCUAUAUCUAAAUGUAGGCUACUGUGGAAAGUACAAUAUUUUCCUCUGAAAUGUGGCGGAGUGGAAGUCUCAAGUAAAAUUAAAUAGAAAUACUGAAGUAAAGAACAAGUAGGCCUACUUGGGUAAAUAUACUUAGGCUACCUUCCACUAUUGCUGUCAGCAAUUUAAGGAUUUUGGACGCUUAUUUCCGCUCUUCUAUUAUAGGACCUACGUUCAACAUUGUUUUUAUACCUGUAUAUGUAUUUUUGUAGAUCAUAAUAUUUUGUAGCCUACUCCAUAUUAAGGACAGACAAACUAGUUUUCCUCAUUUCAGAGACAAUAAGAAAGUUGUUCAUGUCUAUGCGAAUCUCUCUACAAUACAAAGUGCUCAAUUAGUUAUAGGUUAGGCUAUUUAUAGUAAGCAUAUGAUACAAUCAUUAAAGUAAUCAGAGAGGACUUUUAAACUUGGUAAAUUCUGGAUCCCUGAAUUUGUGAUGAUUAACCCCCUUACUGCACAAUCAACCACAUUAAAGACAUUUCUCCUUGUCUCCAGUUGUUGCCAAAAGCAGACACAAAACAUUAGAAUUAAAAAAGAUUUUAACUGUCAUGGGUCAAUAAAUAAAUCUACACGGCC